GGUAUCAAAGAGUAGCUGAAGGAAAGUCCCACCUCUCUAAGCUAAUUUUUGUUCAGGUAUUGGGAAUCUUGUAGCUGUGAUUUUGUUUCCCAUACUUAUGUAUUCUUUCCAAAUGGGUGCAACUGGUGCAGCAAUUUCCACAGUUGUGUCUCAAUAUGUUGUCACCUUCUUAAUGCUAUGGUUUCUAAAUAAGAAAGCAAUACUACUGCCUCCAAAGAUGGGAUCAUUACAAUUUGGAGGAUACAUAAAAUCUGGUGGUUUUCUUCUUGGAAGAACUCUUGCUGUUCUAACAACCAUGACUUUAGGGACAUCAAUGGCUGCUCGUCAAGGCCCGGUUGCAAUGGCUGCUCAUCAGAUAUGCAUACAAGUAUGGUUGGCUGUUUCGCUUCUGGUUGAUGCCCUGGGUGCAUCUGCACAGGCUUUGACUGCAAGUUAUAUGUCUAAAGGUGACUAUAAGACAGUGAAGGAAAUUGCUCACUAUGUGCUGAAGGUAAGGUCUUUUUUUCUGUGUUAAUUAUUUAUCGAGUUUUCUUGUACCUAAAGAUUUUUGAAUGUCCUACCCAUUGAGGUUUUAU